UAAACGGAUAUUACCCCAAAAAUGUAAGAAAAGGUUUAUCUUCAAUAUUCUCUGCGAUUGAUCCGCUUUCCAAGAUCGCAUCGCGCGUUUUCUACUCCGCCCCGAUGGUUUCUCUCCUCGCCCGCCGGAUUGAUUUACAGAAAAUCCAAUGCAUUAUCUUCGCAAUUUUUUGGAUCGGAUCAUCCUGUGCGGCGGAGAUGAGCGCUAGUUCGGAUUUGGGGGAGUUGUCGGUGAGAUCAGGCAAUCAACAGAGAGAAUUUGAUUACUUCAUGCUGUCUUUUCUAUGGCCGGGAACAGCCUGCCUCUCGUCUGGUGGUGAAUGCUGCCACUCCAAUGCCUGCUGUCGCCGUUCGAGUGCCUUGACAGAAUUUACUAUUCAUGGACUUUGGCCUGAUUAUAAUGAUGGGACUUGGCCAGCAUGCUGCCCCGGUAAAAGAUUUGAUAUUAAAAAGAUUUCAACAUUACUAAGCACCAUGAAUAAGUACUGGCCAUCUUACAGCUGUGAAUCUUCGUCAAAUUGCCAUGGUGGAACGGGGUUGUUCUGGGAACAUGAGUGGGAAAAACAUGGACCUUGUUCAUUUCCGAUCAUACGAGACGAAUAUGAUUACUUCAUGACAGUUCUUAAUCUCUACUUUAAAUACAAUGUCACGGAAAUUUUAGGAGAAGCAGGCUAUGUAGCAUCAAACUCUGAAAAGUAUCCUCUUGGAGGCAUGGUUUCAGCCAUUGAAAAUGCUUUCCAUGCAACUCCAGCACUUGUAUGCUCGGGUGAUGCUGUAGAGGAACUCCGACUCUGCUUCUGUAAGGACUUCAAGUUUCGGGAUUGUGCCGUUGAAACUUCUUGCCCCAAAUACGUCAGCUUACCGGAAUUUAUCUCGUCGGGUCUUGAAAACAAAGAAGCUGAAGCUUUAAAAUUGGAAACAUGAACGAGUCAUAUCUUCGAAAAAACCAAAGAUGUGAUGAUGCUUAGUAUUGAUGGCAAAAUGCACAUCACUUGGUAAGAUGUUAUGGCCUCCAAUUAAUGGAUUGGGAAUUUGAAUCACCAAACAUAUUGUAAUGAUAUAUAUACUUUUUCUUUUCUAAAAAAAUGUUGUGUACUAUAUUUUGAAACAUACAUACAUA